UUCAAAACCUUACAUCAACAUGAACAAGAUACAACUUGUCGUUCUGGUCUCUUUAGCUUGUGUCAGUUUCACAGCUGCCGGCGUCAUAUUUACUAAAGGGGCGUGUCCUAGUGGCGCCAAAGUGGGCUUUACCUGGAACCGUCCGAACUGUGAGAAAUGUGAAUGUGUACCGGGUGGCUACAACUGCUACACCUGCACCUACAGGAAAUAUCCAGCAGCUUGUAAUGUCGAGUAUGAAAGGGGAAGCUACCCAACCUGUUGUAAGGCUUUAGUUGACUGUCCCAUGAGUGCAAAGCCUUAAAUCAAUUGAGAUGCUUGUCUUGUAGAAAGGAAAAUAAAGCAAAUUGGAAGAACUCUUA